GCGUUCACAUCUCUCUCUCUCUCUCAUCUUCUUCUCUCUUUCCUUCAUCUUCCGUAUACAAUCUUCUUUCUCACGCUCAACUCGAGAUUCUCUAUCUUUUUCUCUCUCCGAUUCCCGGAAAUCCCCGUUGAAUUCUCUCUCUGCGAUUCAAUUGUUUUCCCUCUCUCUGAAAUGCCUGCUUGGUGGGCGAGAAAGUCCGGGAAAAGCAAGGACGAUAGCCAUAACCGAAAUCGUAACCAGAUUGCUCAUAACCAAAGUCCUCGUGGGGUUGACAGGAGAAACAGAGGAAUCAUCUCCGGCGAGAGUAAGACCAGCCUCGAUGAGCCCGUAACUCCCACGCGCGGCACUCCGCGUUGUAGCCGCGAUUUCGCCGGCUUCGAUUCGGAUUCCGGAGAGAAGAGAGGACACCCGCUUCCCAGACCGUCGGUUUCUUCGAUCCACAGCGAUCAUGGAAGCGGGUCGGGUUCUGUUUCCAGCGUCAGCUCGUCCGGCUCGGCUGAUGAUCAGGGUCAACUCGGUAGUUGCAGCAGGGGAAAUGGCGAUCUGAAAUUCAACAUAGCACCACCACGUAGUCCUGGGAGAUGUUCCCCGAGGCCCACAUCUCCGUUGCAUUACCCUUCGUCCGGUGUGAUCUUAGACUCUCCUGCGGAAUGUCAUCCCCUGCCUUUACCUCCGAGUUCCCCGACAAGCCCUUCUGCUGUGCACGGCUCCAGAACUGGAGGUGGAUCCGAGACCUCGUCACCUCAUAGUGUAUCCAAAUGGAAGAAGGGAAAGCUGCUGGGGAGAGGCACCUUUGGACAAGUUUAUCAAGGAUUUAACAGUGAGAAAGGGAAAAUGUGUGCAAUAAAAGAGGUCAGGGUCAUUUCCGACGACCAAACAUCAAGGGAAUGUCUUAAGCAACUGAAUCAGGAGAUAAAUUUGCUGAGUCAGCUUUCUCAUCCUAAUAUUGUUCAGUAUUACGGAAGUGAACUGAGUGAAGAAACCUUGUCCGUGUACUUGGAGUAUGUAUCAGGAGGCUCAAUCCAUAAACUGCUCCAGGAGUAUGGUGCUUUCACUGAGCCUGUCAUCCAAAACUAUACGAGGCAGAUUCUCGCUGGACUUGCCUAUUUACAUGGAAGAAAUACGGUGCAUAGGGACAUAAAAGGGGCAAAUAUACUGGUGGAUCCGAAUGGGGAAAUCAAGUUGGCAGAUUUUGGGAUGGCCAAACACAUUACGGCAUGUUCUUCCAUGCUUUCUUUCAAAGGAAGUCCUUAUUGGAUGGCACCCGAGGUCGUGAUGAACACAAACGGCUAUAAUCUUGCAGUAGAUAUUUGGAGUUUGGGAUGUACAAUUCUUGAAAUGGCAACAGCAAAGCCACCUUGGAGCCAUUACGAAGGGGUUGCUGCAAUAUUUAAGAUCGGAAACAGCAAAGACAUCCCAGAAAUUCCUGAUCAGCUUUCAGAUGAUGCAAAGAAUUUUAUACGCCUUUGUCUGCAAAGAGACCCGUCAAAACGUCCUACAGCAUCACAGCUUUUGGAGCACUCGUUCCUUCGGGAACACACAAUGAGAGUCACUAAUGCUAGCAUGACUAAGGACACUUCCCCACAUGCCUCUGAUAGAAGCCGGGCACUGCAGCCAACAGUGGAACUUUAUUCAAGGAGAUCGAGCCAUGACAAUUAUGCACAAACACCGUUGGCUGUAUCAUCACGAGCCAUAAAGAGCCCAAGCAGAGAAAAUGUUAGAGCAAUUGCUUCCUUGCCGGUAUCUCCAUGUUCAAGCCCUUUACGCCAAAAUGGACCGGCGUACAAAAGUUGCUUCCUAUCCCCUCAUCACCCAUCUUUCCCGUUCGCCGGGCAAGACAGUAACUACAAUCUGUCAGAGUUUGCCGCAAGGCCUUUUAGGGCCAACACAGCUUACACGAAUGACAAGACGAUGGUUGAGCCUUCUAUGUUCAGACCUCAAACCCCAGAUAAAUUUAUGAGAUCAAGACUGUUAUAGAAAUGGAGCAAACAAAAAAAUCCGAGAAACCAGAAAUCUUUGCCCUCAUGCUCUUAACCCCGUAUCGUUUACAUGAACAAGGAUCAUGUAAAAUGGCGCCUCUCCCAGGAGAUGAAGGUUGGAACAGUGGAUAGUGAAGAAGAAGAUGCAGGAGGGAUAGGUGUAAAUGGAACAAGAAAGGGGGUUGUAAAGGAACAUGAAUAGAAGAUUCAAGUCAUAUAUUGGUAGAUAGAUAAGAUCAAAGCUGAUAAAUGAUACAGUACACUGUGUGGAGGGGGGGAGGGGGCAUAUAGGAAGCACUAGAUGUAAUGCUUUGGGGACCUUGCUCUUGUCGUUUUGUUGUAAAUCAAUUUGGUUUAGGUGUAGAAAGCUAUCUUCUUAAUUGCGGUUAGAGGUUCGGUUUCAUAUUGGGAAUAUUGAUUCCAAUCAGAUCCAAGUGAAUUCCAAAUCAAAUCUGUUUGAGUUUUGGGCUGGGAUUGGAAAAUCAAGUAGCCUCAUUAAUUCCAAUAAUGAGAUAAGAAAUAAUGUUAUUUAUUUAA